CCCCACCUCCACACACACAAGUGAUAUAUCAAACUCAUAGACAGCUCUAUACAUACAUUUAUAGAAUAUACACAAAGAUUGUAUGUAUAUGUAUGUGAAUUAAUUUCUUGAGAUAUAUAGAUAUAUAUAUACACCCACAGAGAGAGAGAGAGAGAGGAGAGAGAGAGAGAGAUAAUGAAAAGUGAAGGGGUGAUGAGGGUUGGUGUUGAUAUGAGCAUAUAGCUCACGCAGAUCAAGAACACUUGCAGAGAUUGGAGGGUGGUAACCAAAGAAGUGUGAAAGGUAGUUUGUCAACUUUGUCUUUGAGCUGCAGGGAAUCAUUCAUUUUUUCUUUUUUAAUAUUUGUUUUGGUGGAGUGAAGAAAGAUGAAUAGCAGAGGCAGGAGGAGCAGUUUGCAGUCUGUGAAGGCAUCUCUGAAGCAAGAAAAAGAAAAAGGGGAAAUGCAGGGUAUCAGGAUAAUGAAUGCUGAGAAACCUACGACGGGCCGUCGUCGAGGCUCGAUCAGGGAAAGAAAGAUGGCGUUGCAGCAAGAUGUUGAUAAGCUAAAGAAGAAGCUCAGACACGAGGAGAAUGUUCAUCGAGCUUUGGAGAGGGCUUUUACCAGGCCGUUGGGAGCUCUUCCUCGCCUACCGGCUUAUCUUCCGCCCGAUACACUCGAGCUUCUUGCUGAAGUUGCUGUUUUGGAAGAAGAAGUUGUUCGGCUUGAAGAAAAGAUUGUGCAUUUCAGGCAAGGACUAUAUCAGGAAGCCAUCUACAUUUCAUCGUCGAAGAAGAACAUGGACAAUUCUGCUGAUUUAUGUGAUCCUGGUCAGAUUAACGAUCUGAAACGGAAAGAAUCCAAAUUGUUACUUCAAACUGAGGCCAAUUCUUCAGCAAUUAUUGGGAAGAAUCCAUCUUCCCUUUCUGAUGAAAGGAGGGGAAAGGAGAACCAGUCAAGUACCAAUUCCUCGAAAAAUAAGCAGCAAUCGCCAAGUUCAAAAGUUCAAACAGUUCGCACUCCAAUAAAGAGGGCUCCCAUUGAAUGCAGAGCAGCUGAUAAACGUUUAGAUCCUCAAAAAUUACAGUUGGAAAGUCGUUUAAAAACAGACCAUGAGAGUUCAGAAGAGUGGAAUCCUGUCAGCCGAGAGGAAAUAUCAUCAGUAGACGACAGUCCAAACAAAAUUUCUGAGAACAUUCUGAAAUGCUUAAUGAACAUUUUCUUGAGAAUGAGCUCCAAGAAGAGUAGGAGUACUGCAGAAUCUUUAUAUUCACUCUCCAAGCUGAAUUCUUCAGAAACCUUCACGUAUACGGAGUUUAGUGAUCCUUACAGUAUAUGUUCGAAGUUCGGAAAGAGAGAUAUUGGUCCAUAUAAGCAUUUAUUUGCUAUUGAAGCUACCUCUAUCAAUCCAAACAAGACAACGAUAUCUGUUUUCCUAGUUCAAAGAUUAAGGCUUCUACUUGAGAAACUUGCAUCGGUUGAUUUGAAGGACCUCACCCACCAAGAAAAGCUAGCUUUCUGGAUGAACAUCUACAAUUCAUGCAUGAUGAAUGCAUUUAUUGAGUAUGGCAUUCCAGAGAGUCCUGAAAUGGUUGUCGCCCUGAUGCAAAAGGCGACAGUGAAUGUUAGUGGACACAUUCUAAAUGCAAUAACAAUCGAACAUUUCAUAUUGAGAUUGCCAUAUCACUCAAAAUAUACUUUCUCGAAGGGUGGAAAGUACGAUGAGAUGACGGUCCGCAGCAAGUUUGGCUUGGCAUUGUCUGAACCAUUAGUAUCGUUCGCACUCUCUUGUGGAAGCUGGUCUUCGCCUGCUGUUCGCGUGUACACUGCGUCCCAAGUUGAGAACGAGCUCGAGAAUGCCAAAAGAGAGUACUUACAAGCAGCAAUUGGCAUUUCGACGACCAAAAAAGUUAUAGCCAUCCCGAAACUACUGGACUGGUACCUUCUCGACUUUGCAAAGGACAUCGAGUCGUUGCUGGACUGGAUAUGCCUCCAACUACCAUGUGAACUCGGAAAAGAAGCAAUGAAGUGCCUCGAGCGGUGGAAAGACGAGCCUCUCCAGCAGUCCCUCCAGAUAAUGCCGUACGAGUUUAGCUUCAGAUAUCUCCUGCACACAUGAAUAAGAUUUGUAAAGGGGAUCCAACAGAUCUAUCAUUAAAGCAGUUUAGGUGUGAAUGGAGACAUGCCAUCUGCUCUGGCUGCCUUAUCAUUGAAUUUUUGGCAAAUCUGUUUCUCCAACUGACAACAUUAAUGUGGGUUCUUAAUAGAAGCUUAGGAUGGAACAAAGACAAGAACAUAGAGGGAAGUAAUUUUGAGUGAACGCUUUUGUCUUUCCAUUUAUUUUUGGCAAUUCUUGGGUUUUUAUUUUUACUUUUGGGUUAAUUGCACUUUGACCCCCUUUGAAAUGCGACAUUAUACUCUCCUCCAAAGAAGUUGUGAAAUUAAACUUACACCCCUUUGGAAAUUUUCCAUUUA